GGGGCCCUCCCACAAUACCAGCGCUCCCACCCCACUUCUCCUGGCUCCUUGUUGAGGGCGUGGCGCUCACGCGUCCGCGCCGAAUGUACCGGCCACCGCAGAGCAACAAACCUCACGCUCGGCACCUCCCUGCCGUAAUAACUCUCCCGCUCGAUACGUGUCCCAGAAAGCCGAAGUGCCUCGGGAUAGAAGUUGCGCGCUCGAACUCCUUGGGCGGGACAUCUGGACGAGGGACCACCGGCCCUCCCUUUUCAUGCAGUUUCCCCUUGAAGGGCUGGCAUCAUGAUGGACGCAUGAAGCGUUUUUCCUGCGGGAGCAAGGAGCAGCAGCUGCUGAGACCAUUAGGCCCUGUCAAAAGACGAAAAACCGUCAGCUGGUGGACUGAGAGAAGCCAUGUGCACAACUUGCUGCACCGGCACUGGCAUCACAACGACACUCAGGACUCUGAGGCGGCUCCAUCCGACACCCUGGGGAAAACUGAGCCGCCGCGGAACGCUUCCGGGUCGACUCUGCGCGUCAGAGCCGCGUCGGACUCAAGAGGUAACACUCCUUUGCAGGGCGGACCAGGGGCUGCCGAAUCUACGAGAGGAACCGCCACGACCACCCGGACGGCCGGGUCGGCGAUGCCGGCAAGACAGCACGGCACGGGCGCCGGGCUCGGCGCGAGGACCGCCGGCUCGAGCCGGCCGCCAGGAGCGGGUGGAGCGACCGCCAGCUCGAGACGCAAAGCACCCGCAACUCGAAGCUGGGCGAGAGCGGGAGAGAGAGAGAGAGAGAGAGAGAGAGCGACUGGAGCAGGGAGGGGGGAGGGGGACGGGAGGAGGAGGAGAGGGAGAGGCUGGCCGAUCAAGCGAGCUCCGCGUGGAGCGGCCAGCUUGAUCAAGCCGGGGCGCCCGGCGAAUGGACCACACGCUGCAGCAGGAGGAGGCUGCAAGAAACACAGGAGAUCAGAAGAGGAAUUCGGGAAGGUGGGAGGUACAGCACGGAGCGGUAAAAUUGCGACCAUGGUGAAUGGUUCGUGAUGGCCGAGAGGUAUUGGCGCUCGUCCAAGCGGUGUGCAUCUAUAAGAGCGAUGACCUGACUGUCAAUAGCCGGGUGUUGAAAAACAUGUUGACCCUCGAGAGCCUGUCACCGGGACAAGCACACGAGAGCUGUGACCGCGAAGGAGGAGACAAACGUAGCCAGGACCGUUCUGGACCGCCGAAACCCGAAGUGAAGGCAGCUUCGUCGGGGUCACGCCAGACGAGGGCUGCGUAGUCGGUACCGCACUUUAUAUGAUUGAGGGUCAAGAUGGCAACGUAGUCGGGAACGUACAGAGUCAAGCGAAUGCGCCAGUGGCGAGAGGGCGUCGCAGCGCGGGACGGAGACAUCGGGGGCAGAUCGAGAGAGCGGCGGGACGGACGGCGUCCGUGAUGUGAGCCGCAGCGGCAACUCGUUCACACGGCCACGGCAGCCCCCUCGGGCUCGGGCUCGGGCGUCUGAAGCCAAGGGCCUGGCGUGGGCAACCACGGGCCCUGGGAUGUUGAGGGCGCAUUGGGCUCAUCAGUCGUCUCGUUCUUGGUGUGCUUCGACGCGUAGAUGCGGCGGAUCUGCGAGUCCAAUGAUGCAACCACCUUCAGGUUGACCUCUUUGUCCUUGAGAUUCGUGACCAGGAUGUCGUCUUUGGACAGCGUCGCGAUCGCAUCCCAAGCGCUUCUUGAGUGCCAUGCCGCCAGCAAGAAAGAUCGGCUCCCCACAUCCUUUCCAUUUGCCGAGCGUAUACCGUGCACUUGUAUACGAAGGCGAUCAUCGGUAGCCGGCACUAGCCCAUCCUUCGUUGGCAUCUUAGUGGCGAUCCAGCACUCAACAUUCGGCCAAAACCUUUGGUUGUAGAUACGCUCGUACAUGAUGAUCACCCUGCAACCGAGGAAGAUGAAAGGCAAGAUGUUCUCCAGGGUCCGCCUGAACUCCCUCUCCUCAUCAUCGUUGCGCCCGCCACCCAUCCACUGAGGGGCGCAUGUCCAAUCCAGCCACAAGUACCUGAUUGACGAGCCUGUCAAUUCCUCUUGAAGUUUACGCAACUUCGCGCAAUCUGGGUCGGGAUGCUCUGGGGUUGUCCAACGGUGGGAAAUUGCCGCCGAGUCCAUGAACUUUCCCGAAAUCACGUCCUCUAUGUUCAUCUGCCGCUUGACCAAGACGCCCAAGUCACGCAACUCCUGAUGACGUGGGAUGGGCCUGUUUGAAGGUAGUUGUAAGAACUUGUCAACUGGAAAGAACCAAAACUCCAUGCCACUGAGCAUAGGUUGGGCGGGGUAGAAGCGUUGAACCCGCUUGCUCAGAAAUUCAACGACUUCAAGACAGACAUCCUUAUCAGUGGGAUUCGCGGCAAGGAUGUCUUCCUCGCAUAACGACACGAUUGCCUCCUCAGCAGUAGUCUGAUGCCAAUUAGACAUCACGAAAUCAUGGAUUGACUUGGUGUCGCCUUCUUCUGAUUCCAUACCGUAAACCUUCAUCCGAAGGCGUUCCUGACUCGCUGGCACUAACCCUUCCUCUGUCGGCAUCUUAGUGGCAAUCCAGCAUUCCAGAUUCGGCCAGAAGCGCUGAUUGUAGAUGCGGUCGUACAAAACAAUCACGGUGCACCCGAGGAAGAUGAAGGGCACGACGUUCUCCAAAAUCAAGUUGAACUCAGCUUCAUCAGCAUGGGAACGCUCACCUUGAGGUGCACAUACCCAAUCGAUCCAGGCGUACUUGAUUGACGGGGUAUCCUUGAAUAUAGCUUGCAAUUUACGCAAUUUCGAACCAUCUGGGUCAAAACGCCCUUCGGUGGGCCAACGAUGAGAGAUUGCUGCCGUGUUGCCCACGAAAUUUCCUAACAUCACGUCGUCAAAAUUCAUCCUCCGCUUGACCAAGUGCCCGCUGUCGCGCCACUCCUGAUGAGAUGGCAACUCCAUGCCCGCUGGCAUACGCAUGAGUUCGUCCACAGGGACGAACCAAAACUCCAUGCUCCUGGGAACCUCGUCUUCAUAUUCCACUCUCAAGCUCGACGGUCUCCUGCUGGGUUGGCGGCGGGCCCUCGCAGGUCUACGGACCAUGACCCUCAUCUUCAACACAUACGUUGCACCGCAGACACAGCAACACAUUACGACAGCGAUCGAACUGAUGAUGAUCGUUACGGUGGGGUCGGCGGUGGAGUCGGCAGAGGAAUGGACGGUGGGUGUAUCAGCGCCUGCGUCUUCAAUCACAAGCGGGGUGCCGACAUCGGGGGUCGUCAUCGUAGGAGCAACGGUAAUCAACGAUUCAUCACUCCAAUCAGCGACAGCCAUAGCACGGUCAGUCUCCGUCUUGAUAGCGUCGGCAGCUCCAGCAAUCGUGGCAAAAAGAUCCUCAGCAGCAGUGCCGUCGGCGACCUGAACAGUGAAACUGGUCGUCACAGAGACUGUGUCCGAGAGUUGGCGGACAGUUGCGGAGAGCCGACGGGCAUCCACGGUGAAACCCGUAAUGGCAGCUGGACAUCAGAAACAGGCACCGCCAAAGCAACAGACAAACCAGUGGCUUUCGCAGCCCUGUAUGCAGCGGAAGCAUCGAGGUCAGACGAAGACACCGCCGACGGAAAAGUUUCGUACGCUGUGUACUCGGCAAAGACCAAAACUGACCCACUGGGAGCCAGGGUUGGUGUUGGUGCUGGUGAUGACUCACUGGGUUUUAGCCCAGACGUGGGCUUUGGUGAAGAAGUGGGCGCUAGCAUUGGUGUCGGCGUCGGUGCAGGCGCGGCCGUUGACGUUAGUGACGGAGUAGGCGCAGGCACUGUUGCCGGCGUCGGUACCAGCGUUGGUGAUGGCAUGGCCGUGGGGAUCGGCGCUGGCGUUGGCGCGGAUGCGGGCGCUGGCGUCGGCACCACCGUGUACUGGUAGAUGUUGUAUAGUGCGCUGGAGGCUUCGACAGUGCACAACGCCGAAGAACUGCAAUCCCAUUCUGGCUGACUGCCAUAGUACCCGUGGGGAGCGUCCGUAUGGAUGAGAUCUCCGCACCGGCUGUCUGCCAGCGCUGUGCCCACGCACUGCUCCACCGUGUCGACAUUGCCAAGAGAGUGGUAACUGGUGGAGCAGAAAGCCCCUGCAGCGUAGACCAGCAGUGCCGCCUCUGUUGCUGUCGGCGGCGUUGGCGUUGCAACAUCAGAUUGGUAGAUGUUGAGGCCCACGGUGGAGAAUAGCGGGCUGCAGGUCGUCGAAUCGGCGCAAAAGCACAGCAGUCGAUGAUUCCCGUUCACCGCCCGGUCACCGUGGGGAGCGUUGGAAAGGACUAGGUCCCCACAGCUACUCUCGGCCAGGGCUGCGUCGUGGCACUCGUCCAGCAUCGGGCCGCUGGAGUAUUCGCCCUCGUACAGCACAGUUCGAAUCUCGCAGUAGGACCCCGCCAGAUACAGCAUCAGCUUCUGUGGUGGUGCCGGAGUUGGCGCCUUUGCCCAAGACGUAUACAAGGCGUAAUUCGAUUCAUGACUGUAGUCAUCAUCGCAGUCUGCGCACGUAUUGCAGUUGCUCCACUCUGUUGAAUGGUCGAAAUACAGGCAUGCAGGAUCUUCAUCGCACAGCGGUGCACACUCUGCAGGAGUCGUUGCGUAGGAGUUUCCACUUAAUUGAAUGUGAUCAUUUCUGCAACACUGCCCCGCGGAUUUCCACUGGACGUAAGAGAAUCCUGCGUCCGUCGGGCUGGGCGUCGGUUGUGGCGUCGGCACAACCAGCUGGCAGCAGCAAAUGCAUUGGUGGGUUGUGUAAGGUGCGCCACUCUCACAAUCUUCGCCGCAUUCCCAUGCAUUUUCCGCGCCGUCGCACGUGUCGCGAUACCCAGUACCACACGCAACUGCCAUCCGGCGGCCAUUGACAUGUUCGACGGUUGAGUUCGUCAUCAACGUCAUAUGGCGGCUGCCAGUUGGAAGCGCAGCCGGCGUCUGCGGAAUGUCCGGCUUCUGCCCGGCUCCCAGCCUCGGAAACGCCAGCAGCGAGACGGAGAAGCCGAGCCACUGGCGAAGCCGGCGUCGCGCGAGCCGUGCGCCACUGGCUGGGCCGAAUGCCACGGCCACUGCGCCGAGCUGGGCAGUCGGUUUGGGCGUUGGGCUGACCGUCGGAAUGGGAAUUGCACCAGGUGUCGGGCUGGGCGUUGCCUGCAUGUUGACUGCCGCCAUCUCGGCCACCCGCUCCGCCACGCCGCUCUCGUCUCGCGAUGAGUGGAGGGUCAUGUGCGCGACGUUCGAGUCCUCCUUGUGUCUGAUCAUCGAUCGUUCUGCCACCCGCUCCGUCAUGCCGCCCUCCUCUCGCAACCCAUCGGGAGGCACGCCCGCGACGUCCGACGCCUGCACUCUCGAAUUCGCCCUCUCGCUCACCUGCUCCGCCGUGCCGCUCUCCGCUCGCGACACUGUGGGGAUCACGCUCGCGACGCUCGGCCCCUCGAGCAUUCCGACCUUCGGCAUCUCGGCCGCGCGCUUCUUCAUGCCGAUCCCCUGGGAGGAGGAGCAGGAGCAGGAGGAGGAGGAGGAGGAGGAGAAGGAGGAGGAGGAGGAGGAGUGAUACCUUGGGGAUCGCCUCCGGGUCGUUCGACCCCUCCUUCAUCAUCGACCUGAUCGUUGCCGUCAGUGCGGCUGGCCUGCCCUCGAGCACGCGGAGCACGAAGGACUGGGCGAAAAGGACAGGGGGCAAGGAGAUCGAGGCUUCGU